CCCCUGCUGGGCGCGGGCAGCAGCGCCUUCGCCCCGCCUCUGCGUGCUCUAGACGACCUCAUGCUGCGCCGGCGGCCUCCCAAAGCCUGGAACGAGUCGGACCUGGACGUGGCUUACGAGAAGAAGUCCUCACACGCAGUCAGCUACGAACGCCUGGACGCCUUCGGGAGGCCCUCCUCCCCGGGCCUGCAGCUGUUACCCUGGAGAGAGAGCAGUCUGGACGGGCUGGGGGCCACCGGCAAGGACAACCUCACCAGCGCCACCUUGCCCCGCAAUUACAAGGUCUCCCCUCUGGCCAAUGACAGGCGUUCUGACGUGGGCAGCUACCGCCGAUCGCUGGGCUCCCCGGGGCCAUCAGGCACUUUGCCGCGAAGCUGGCAGCCUGUCAGCCGCAUCCCCAUGCCUCCUUCCAACCCCCAGCCUCGGGGCGCCCCCCGCCAGCGCCCCAUCCCCCUCAGCAUGAUCUUUAAGCUGCAGAACGCCUUCUGGGAGCAUGGGGCCAGCAGAGCCAUGUUCCCUGGCUCCCCCAUCUUCUCCCGAGCUCCUCCGCCCAAGCUGCCCCCCCAGCCCCAAGCACCUCCCCAGCCCCAGCUACAGCCCCAGCCCCAGCCCCAACCACAGUCCCAGGUGCCCCCACAGCCCCAGUCACAACCACCAUCCCAGCCUCAGCUCCAGCUUCAACCCCCUGCCCCAGUGCCCCAGUUCCCCCAACAGACGUGGAGUGAAGCGGGGGGCGGGGUGGGGGGGGGGCAGCCGGAGAGGCGGCCCCCAGAUCCUAAUGACUCCCCCCUCGCAGGCCUGGACGCCUUCGGGAGGCCCUCCUCCCCGGGCCUGCAGCUGUUACCCUGGAGAGAGAGCAGCCUGGACGGGCUGGGGGCCACCGGCAAGGACAACCUCACCAGCGCCACCUUGCCCCGCAAUUACAAGGUCUCCCCUCUGGCCAAUGACAGGCGUUCUGACGUGGGCAGCUACCGCCGAUCGCUGGGCUCCCCGGGGCCAUCAGGCACUUUGCCGCGAAGCUGGCAGCCUGUCAGCCGCAUCCCCAUGCCUCCUUCCAACCCCCAGCCUCGGGGCGCCCCCCGCCAGCGCCCCAUCCCCCUCAGCAUGAUCUUUAAGCUGCAGAACGCCUUCUGGGAGCAUGGGGCCAGCAGAGCCAUGUUCCCUGGCUCCCCCAUCUUCUCCCGAGCUCCUCCGCCCAAGCUGCCCCCCCAGCCCCAAGCACCUCCCCAGCCCCAGCUACAGCCCCAGCCCCAGCCCCAACCACAGUCCCAGGUGCCCCCACAGCCCCAGUCACAACCACCAUCCCAGCCUCAGCUCCAGCUUCAACCCCCUGCCCCAGUGCCCCAGUUCCCCCAACAGACGUGGAGUGAAGGCGCCCCCAAAGCCCCUGCUGAGCUGGAGCCUGAACCAGAGCUGGAGGGGCUGCUGGCACCAGUGCUGGAGGCUGGCGACGCAGAUGAAGGCCCUGUCACUCGGCCCCUCAGCCCCACGCGGCUGCAGCCAGCGUUGCCACCCGAGGCACAGUCGGUGCCCGAGCUGGAGGAGGUGGCACGGGUGCUGGCGGAGAUUCCUCGUCCCCUCAAACGAAGGGGUUCCAUGGAACAGAGCCCUGCUGUAGCCCUGCCCCCCACCCACAAGAAGCAGUACCAGCAGAUCAUCAGCCGCCUCUUCCAUCGUCAUAGUGGGCCCGGGGGGCCUGAGCCCGAGCUGUCCUCCAUCUCUGAGGGACCUGAGGCCAGGGCAGGACCCCCGGCUCCUGCCCCACCAGCUCCCAUACCACCCCCGGCCCCGCCCCAGAGCAGCCCACCAGAGCAGCUGCAGAGCAUGGAGAUGCGCUCGGUGCUGCGGAAGGCGGGCUCUCCGCGCAAGGCCCGCCGCGCGCGUCUCAACCCACUGGUGCUGCUGCUGGACGCGUGCGACCCCUACCGGGAGGGUUACGGCGACUGCGCCACUUACCUGGCAGACGUGGAGCAGAGCAUGGGGCUGAUGCACAACGGGAUGGUGUACGCCCUCUGGGACUACAGCGCCGAGUUCGGGGACGAGCUGUCCUUCCGCGAGGGCGAGUCGGUCACCGUGCUGCGCAGGGACGGGCCGGAGGAGACGGACUGGUGGUGGGCCACGCUGCACGGCCAGGAGGGCUACGUGCCCCGUAACUACUUCGGGCUCUUCCCCAGGGUGAAGGCUCAGAGGAGUAAGGUCUAGCGGAGAGAAGGACAUCUUCAGGGGAGACAGGAGGAAGCAGCUUUGCCGUGGCUCCUGACUCCGGAUCCAUGACCGCUGCCCCUCCCUGCACCCCAAGCCCGGCAGGGGCCGGAUCCUCGCCGCCAGCUCUCUGCUUUCCUGGAAGCCCGCCCAGGAGAGGAGAAGCUCAGCCUUACGUUUAGAAACCUGCCUUAACUGUGGGAGGUCAUUGUGGGGCAAGAGAGAGCCCCCCCCCCCAUUUGCCAAAUCAGAUUCUGUCCAAAGUGCCCUCCACUCCUACUGUCAGCCCCUCCCCAAGCCCCUCAAAGCAAGCCCACCCAUCAUCCCAGUGGGAUGGGCUACCUCCAGUGGCUUUGCCUGGGAGUCACCUCUGCCCCCGUUUCUCCCAGCAGCCUUGGGGGGGACCAGGUGAGGCACACUGGUCUCUCUACCGGGAUCUCUGCACACACACCCCCCGCCCCGCCCCCUCCCGCCCCGCACUCUCCAGCCGACCAAGUGCCUUCAUGCAGUGCUGGUUUUAUAACAAAAUGGGGGCGUUCUUCUUUAUAAAUAAAGGUAGUUUGCACAGAA